UUUUCUUAUGUCGCUGGAGCGCUUUUAUCCACAGUUUUCCUUGUGACCGGACAGAGUGCUGUUGUGUCCACACAGCGAAAAGCGGCUGGCAUCAAAUACCCUCAGAUGUACGCCGAACAAAAAGAAGUCGAGGCCUCUGUUGAAGCUCUCAAGUUCAAUUGCGCCCAACGGGCACACCAAAAUACACUCGAAAACUUGCCUAUUAUAUAUACUACGACCCUGGUAGCAGCGUUGAAAUUCCCCAAAGUUGCGGCUGCCGCCUGCGCCUUCUGGUCGCUGACGCGUGUGCUGUAUACGAGAGGCUACCUCUCAGGCGAUCCAGCACGACGUAACAAGAAUGGUGGCUCUCUAUACAAUCUGGCUGUUCUUGUCUUGCUCGGCACCUCUAUCUAUACAGCUGGUUCCCUUAUGCUGGCUGGUAUCUGA